CUGCCUCCCGCCCGCGCUGCCGCGAGCCCGGCCAUGCUGCUCCUGGCGGCCGCCUUCAUCGUGGCCUUCGUCCUCCUGCUCUACAUGGUGUCGCCGCUCAUCAGCCCCAAGCCCCUCAAGCUGCCCGGCGCGCACGUCGUGGUGACUGGAGGCUCCAGUGGAAUUGGAAAAUGUAUUGCUAUUGAAUGUUAUAAGCAAGGUGCUUUCAUAACACUGAUUGCAAGAGAUGAGAACAAGUUGUUGCAGACCAAGAAGGAAAUAGAAAAGUAUUCUGUUAAUGAUAAGCAGGUUGUGCUGUGUAUUUCUGUUGAUGUAUCUAAAGACUAUGAACUGGUGGAGAAUGUUCUAAAACAAGCUCAAGAGAAGCUGGGGCCAGUUGACCUGCUUGUAAACUGUGCAGGAACGUCAGUUACGGGAAAAUUUGAGGACAUUGAAGUGAAUUCUUUUGAAAGAUUAAUGGGAGUCAAUUAUCUGGGUAGUGUUUACCCAAGUCGUGCGGUAAUUUCCACCAUGAAGGAACGGCGGAUGGGAAGGAUUGUGUUUGUAUCAUCUCAGGCUGGCCAGUUGGGCCUCUUUGGUUAUACAGCUUAUUCUCCAACAAAGUUUGCUCUUCGAGGACUUGCUGAAGCCCUUCAAAUGGAGGUAAAACCGUAUAAUAUCUACAUAACAGUGGCCUAUCCUCCAGAUACUGACACGCCUGGCUUUGCAGAAGAAAGUAAAACAAAGCCUUUAGAGACAAAGCUAAUUUCUGAAACCUCGUCUGUUUGCCAAGCAGAACAAGUGGCCCGAGUUAUAGUCAAAGACGCCAUACAAGGGAACUUUAACAGCUCAGUUGGAUCAGAUGGUUACAUGCUAUCAAUAUUGACCAGUGGAAUGUCACCAGUGACUUCUAUUACAGAAGGUCUCCAGCAGGUUGUUUGCAUGGGCAUUUUUCGCAUCUUUGGCCUAUUUUACCUAGGAAGUUUUGACAGCAUAGUUCGUCGCUGCAUGAUGCAAAGAGAAAAGUCUGAAAGUGCAGAUAAAACGGAAUAGUCUUUAUUGUUAAAUGGACAGAAGAAGGUUAAACAGUCCUGGACAGCUUGCUGCUAAAGUGGGGCUCGGUUAUCUCCUGAAGGCUCUAGGGAGAGAGGAUAUGUGUAAGUGACAGAUGAGUCCCCUCAAAAGCCAUGAAUGGAAAUGAAAGUACAACUCCAGAAAAUGCCAAACUAUGCAAAAGUGUGAGGAUUAGUUUUCUUUGGUGAUUUUUAGUUGGAGAAAAUUUUGGGAACUUCUUUACAUGAUCUGCAGGGAGAAUUUCAGAAUGGACUGUGUGUGGUAAUUCUGGACAAAUGCUUAAGUUUUCUAACAUUGGUGCUUACAGACAAAAUAAGUACCAUGAUUUUUCUGGGCUGAAGUAGAUUGAAGUCCCAGCAAUAAGUACCAACUUGUUGAAAACAUCUUGGGGCUGUUUUAAAAUUCAAAAGUUAACUUUUCCUUCUGUUAAAAGUUAACAAACCCUUCUGUCCGUGAUAGCUUUCCUCAUUCCAUUCAAGAUGCAAGUAUGCACCUUAAUAUGGCAGAUGUGCUUGUAUGAUCCAAGCUUUCUCAGUCUGGGAUUAAUUAAGAAGUAUGCAUGGAUAUAUAUAUAUACAUACUUUCUAAAGGGAGAUGAAGAACCCAUUCCCACAGAGAAAUGCUAGGAGAUUGACCAGGUCUGUAGCUCUUCUGGCCUUUGAAGUAUAUUGUGAACAGAAAAAUCAAACCAGUAUCACACGUGGUUUAUGACUUUCAACGUUUUAAGCCAUUGAAAUUGCUAUAUAACUUUUUCAGAUACUUACUAUUUUCUUACCUGCCAGUUUUGGCUCUGGAAAGGAAAGCAGGAUUAUGCUACUGCUGUGGAUGUUAUUUUUAAAAACUGCAAAUGAUGAGCCAAGCUACUUGAUGGUGGAACCAAUUGUAAUUAAAAUGCCGGGCUUUUCCAGUAGCAGGAAUGUAGCUUUUGGGGUAGAGUGGGAGGUGGGUGUCAGAAUGACAUUCCAUGCUUAAUUUUAUCACUUCAGAAAAAGACUUUCACAUGGCAAGAAUUGGUUUAAAUUACUCUCUUGGAUUUUCACUUGCAUUGUAUGAAUCAAAGCUGCUGCGUAACUCUGCCAGAACACACAGAACCUGAUGGUUGUUCCUAAUAAAUCUAUGUUUCUAACACUGAAACAGCUUGAUGCAUAACACUGAUGUUAUAAGGGUGCACUGUAUAUACUGUUCAUUUAACAGAUCACUAUAGCAAGUGCCUUGUGAGCUUUUUUGUCCCCCAAAGCUGCAAACUUUGUAUUUAACAUUGCUCUGUUUUUAGAAGUCUUAUUCUCAGUCUGAACUCUGAGUCUAUAAUUGCUGGUAAAACCGGGCACUUCCUCUUCCUCAGAAGUGGAAUUUACAAGCAACUAGGCAAAAUUCUUUAUUAAGAAACUCUCUAUACCCAUUUAAGGAGAGGUAUUCAGUUAACCUAGGAUGAAAGACUAUAGGUGGUUUAACUGGAACAACUUUGAAUGUAACUUAUUAUGGCUGUUUAUUUUCCCUUUCCCAGUUCAGUUGGUCACUUGUUUCCUUUUCCACGCAGACUAAACUUAUUUCAGUAUCUGCUUUACACACUGGGUGGCUGUCACAUUGGCAGUCUCGUUUUGUAUGGUUAGGCUUGCAUUACGUGGCAAAUGUUGAGGCAUUGCAGAACCCUUCACAAAGCCUGCACCUUAGGACCAGACUCGCAGAUCUUUUAGAUAUGUGAAGCUGUGCAUGCCUGUGACAUUAAUUGUGAGAACAGCGUGUAUUCCUGUUUUCUUCUAAAACAACUGAGUGUUAGUGCAAAGAAAUCUCGUCUGCAUAUGCAUUUUCUGUGCUGCUUAAUGUGAAUGGCCUGUAAAGGAGCAUUUAUUGUACGUCCGUUGUCAAUGUUGCUAUGUUAAAGAGAAAUAACAGUGUUUUUGGGACCCUAAUAUCUAUGCUAGUUUUUGUUUUAUCAGAUGUUGAUGUAAAUCAAGUACUACUUUGACCAUCUGCAAAAGGAUAACAAAAUGAGCGAAUCAGUGUUUUGUAGUUUGAAGUACUGAUAAAAUUGACUUUGCAUCAACACAAGCACGAAGGUCAGGACUUAAAACCAAUAAGACUUUAGUAGAUACUUGAAUUUUUGGGUCUUCAACUUGGGCUCUUAAAAAGUUUGCAUUUAAGAAACAGUAGUAAGUCAGAGCACACACACUGUGAAAACUGGGCGUCCUUCAGGUGGGACAUCUCACAUCACCAAGCACUUUU